AUGUCUUUUGAUAAUGAUUCAUUAGAAAUUGAUCUAUUUGCUCCAGUCCUUCGAGGACAAGAUAGUAUAUUAAAAAGGUGUUGGUAUAAAAAACGUCCUACUAUACUAAAAAUAUAUAAUAAAGAUAUGCAAUCAUAUUUUAAUGAAAUAGAAGAACUUUGUUCUUUAGUUAUUAAAAUAAAAUCAGAAUUUAUUGUUGAAUUAAUUGGAGUAGAACGUCGUAAAGAAAUUAGAAUAUUAUUUGAGUAUUGUGAUAUGGGAACAUUUGAUCAAUUCAUACCUUCAUGUAGUGAGGCGUUUAGAAUUAAAAUUUUAGAAGACGUUAUUAAGGCAUUAAAGAUUAUUCAUAAUGUUAAUAUUAUAGCAGGUGAAUUACAACCAUCGAAAAUAUUCAUUACAUCUCUUGAUAUUACCAAAACAAGUAAUUGUAAAUUAUCUAUUUAUGGAAGGCAUAAACGGUUAGACUUAAAAAAAAUGUCAUUAAAUGAAAUACAACGAUCACUUGUUUAUAGAGCACCAGAGGUAUUAACAAAUGUAUCAUUAUCAAGACAAUCAGACGUAUUUAGUUUUGGAAUAUUAAUGUAUGAAACAUUUUCAAAACAGCUACCUUAUACCCACGACGAUGGCUCAUUUUCUGUUGAAGAUAUGAUGAGAAUCACUCAAGAAGCUGCAUUAACUCGAAAACCAAAAUUAAAUGGAGUAAUAUGGGAAACAAUAACUCAAUGUUGUAAAUAUGAACCUUCAGAACGUAUUUCAUUAGAUAAAGUCAAUGAAGUUUUAGAAGAACAAGAACAUUUAGCAACAAAUUAUGGAGAGGCAUGUUGUGUACAACGAGAAAUAGUCGAUACUGACAUUUUUAAAAUAAUUAAUAAAUAUUUAAUAGUGUUACAACAAUGGACAGAUAUGGAAAAUUUUAACAUAAUUUAUAACAGUAAUAUUGAUGGAUUAAAUGGAAAGUUAAUUAGUUCAAAAAUGAUGGAGCAUAAAAAUUUAAUGGUAAUUAUUCAAACAAAAGAAGGUCAUGUAUUUGGUUCAUAUUAUGGUGGUUUUAUCAAUAGAAUAAGAGAUACUUCUUUUAAUGUUGAAGAUGAUAAUCAAAAAUAUCAUUUUGCUUUUUCAUUGAUUAAUCCACAUAAAACAAUUCCAAUUAAAAUGAAAAAAAGAAAGGAAUAUAGUGUUGCUUUCAGAUUUAAUGGACAAACAAAAGAAGUUAUUUCUGUUCCUAGUUUCUUCUUCAUUUUUUCUGAUGCAACUUCUUACAUUUCUACAAGUUUUGAUGUUGCAUAUGAGCACAUGUCUGGGUAUGGUUUUGAUCUGUUUUGUGAAGGUCAAGAUUAUUCUUCUCCUUAUCGGGUUGGUUUUAAUCUGAUGACUUUGUAUGUUAUAGAAUGGACUCCUAAGUGUUAG